AUGCCGCGCGCCGAAGCAGGAAGCACGAAGGCGAUCAGUAACAAGAUGAAGUCGAAAGGCUUAGGCCGACUUCGCUGGUACUGUCAGGCCUGUGAAAAACAGUGUAACGAUCAAAACGGAUUCAAGUGCCAUGUGAACAGCGAAAGUCAUACGAGACAGAUGCUCCUGAUUGGCGAAAACUCCAAGAAGCACAUCGAAGAAUUCAGUCGCGACUUCUUGAGGAACUUUGUUGAGCUCUUAAGAACAACACACGGUGAAAAGAAGAUCCAGAUCAACCACUUCUACCAGCAGGUUAUCCAAGAUAAAAGCCAUAUUCAUAUGAAUUCGACGAAAUGGUCAAGCCUGACACAAUUCGCCUCAUACCUUGGACGGGAGGGUAUCUGCCGCGUGGAGGAAGGCGAGAAGGGAUUAUUCGUCUCAUGGAUUGACAACAGCCCGGAAACAAUGCGCAAGCGCGAAGCCGUCAUGAAAAAGGAGCGACAGGACAAGGGCGACGAGGAGAGAGAACAGCAACAAAUCCAAGAACAGAUCGAGCGGGCCCAGCGCACGGCAGCAGCCAACAAGACAGAAGAGGAACCUGAAGCGAAAUUGUUGCAGCGGAAGGAAGGCGAGAAGAUGAAGCUCGAUUUCGGAUUUGGAUCCAAGCCAAAGACAGAAUCAAAGCCACCAUCACCUCCAACUACAGCCGAGUCCCCCGAGACAAAGGAUUCGCCAACUGAUGCCACUAAUUCUCCUGCCCCGCCUGCCGAAGCUCAACCACCGGCGCCAAUCAAGGUCUCCAUGUCUAUGGGUGCCCAAAAGCCCAAGAACGUGUUUGCUGCCGCUAAAAAGAACCCGCUGGUUGGCAAGAAGGGCUCUAUGUUCGCUCCUCCUAAGAAGAUGACCGAGCAAGAGAGAAUCAUGAAGGCCGAGAUGGAGGCUAUGGAACGCAAGCGGUCUCAUCCUGGUUCUGGUUUUAACAAUGCCAAGCGUCCCAAGGUGACUUGA